UAAAGGGAUCCGCUUAGCCUAGAUAUAUUGUCCUGUGGCGGACAUCAUACUUCAUCCUCGAGGUGUGCUCUACAAGUCCAACUUGAUCAAGACAUUCACGACAUCACUUCCUGCUUCGUCUUCCUUUCAUAGUGCAUCACGAUCCAGAAUUGACGCGUUACGUGUAUCACGUCUCCAAAUUCAACGAUCAUAUACCAUGGCGUCCAAACUCCCUUUUGAGCUUAACAAUCCUAAAAUCUUCCACGACAAGGCCUUAGUAGGAGGCGAAUUCGUUGAAGCCAAAUCCGGCAAACGCUUCGAUGUCUACGACCCCGGCAGCGGCAAGGUCUGGGCCACAGCACCUGCCAUGGGUCCCGAGGACGUCGACGAUGCCAUCAAGAAAGCCGCCGAAGCCUUCGAAUCCUACCGCAAAGUCAACCCGCGCCAGCGCGCCAAAUGGAUGCUGAAGUGGGACCAGUUGAUCCGUGACAAUUUCGACGACAUCGCCAAGAUCGUGACGUAUGAAUGCGGGAAACCACUCAAGGAGGCGCAGGGCGAAUUGGAGUAUUCGUUGGGUUUCACCUGGUGGUUUGCAGGCGAAGCUGAGAGAGUCCAGGGAACGGUCCAGGUUCCGGCUGCGCCUAAUCGGAGAGUCUUCACGGUUAAACAGCCCAUCGGCGUGGCUGUUGCCUUAGUCCCAUGGAACUUCCCCGUCGCAAUGAUCCUGCGGAAGGUCAGCGCUGCGUUGGCAGCGGGCUGUCCGAUGGUCGUCAAGCCGUCUCCAGAGACGCCAUUUUCGGUCUCGGCUUUGGCGUAUCUGGCCCAGGAGGCGGGAUUUCCAAAGGGUGUGUUUAGCGUCCUGCCGACGAGUAUGGAGAAUACUCCCGCCCUGAGCGAGGCCCUAUGCCGGCACGAACUUGUGAAGAAAGUCACUUUCACAGGUAGCACCCGGGUGGGCAAGCUGGUGGCCAAAAUCUGCGCCGAUGGCUUGAAGAAGGUCACACUCGAGCUCGGCGGCAAUUGCCCAUUCAUCAUCUUUGACGAUGCAGAUCUCGACUACGCUGCCGAACAACUCAUGGCCCUCAAAUACCGCCACGCCGGCCAAGCCUGCAUCUCCGCCAACCGCGUCUUCGUGCAAAAAGGAAUCUACUCCAAAUUCGCCGAAGUCCUCGCCGCCAAAACCCGCGCUCUCAAAGUCGGCCACGGCGCCUCCCCAGACACCACGAUGGGUCCCGUGACCGCGCUCCGCGCCCUCGACAACGCCGAAGCACAAGUCGCCGACGCCCUCUCCCACGGCGGCAAAGUCGUCGCCGGCGGGAAACGUCUCCAGAACACCCCCGGCUAUGACGGAGGCUACUUCUUCGAACCCACCCUCAUCACGGGCGGCACGGAUCAGAUGUUGAUCGCGCGCGAGGAGACUUUCGCGCCGGUUCUGGGACUGUUCGAAUUCGAGACGGAGGAGGAAGUCGUGCGGCGCGCGAAUGACACGAGCAUGGGCCUGGCGAGCUAUUUCUUCACCAAGGAUGUGGAUCGCACGUGGCGGCUGUUGGAGAACCUGGAGGCAGGGAUGAUCGGAAUGAACACGGGUAAUCAAUCUGCUGCCGAAGCCCCUUUUGGCGGGAUCAAGGAAUCCGGAUAUGGAAAGGAGUCCGGCAAGGAUGUUGCGAUCAACGAAUAUUUGAUCACCAAGACGGGCACGUUGACUUUGAAGGAUCACUAUUGAGAUGUUGAGAAUCAGAGAGGAUAAGGCUCGGGGAGGAAAGAAUCGGCGUUGAGGUAAUCGUUCGGAGAUUUCAUAGAUAAAGCAUACAUCGGCGGCGGCUGAAUAGCCAGCUAGCUCAUGAGCAGAUCUUGUGCGUGUAUAUAUUUUCAUCAUCGGUUAAGGAAGUUUCAAACCACAGGACUAUAAUCCUCACAUUCGUGUUCCGGAUAU